AUGGUAAUCUGUCACAGGAAGUCAGGCUAUACCAUUGCAGAAGAAACCACAGGAGAGAGGCUGACCUUGUGCGCCUGUGCUCAGCUGCAUCGGGCGAGGCCUCCAACCCGCUGCAGACAGGAAGAUACACAGUCACACUGCAGGGAGAGAGGGAACAGCCAUGAGUCUGCUGUGAUAAUGGAUCGAAACAGGACAGAUAGAAACAGAAAACAGAAAUACGGUCAUUACGACAGCAUCACAGAGCCUGAGUACGAUGUGGUGGACGACCAGGAGGAUGUGCACAGUGUGCGCAUACUUCCCGCAAGGCCAUUAAAUGAAGAGAGAGAGUACGCAGACAGGAAUCUUCCAAGGUCAGCAUCGGAUCAGGCCCUGUCAUCAAGGUUCACUGGUAAAUCUAACAUCCUCCCAAGAUGUCCACCCAGAGUAUUCCCAUUUAUUUCAGGGCCUGCUGUGAAUCGAGACCUGAAGCCAGGCAGAAAAAAGACCAGAUUAGACGAGCGUGUCCGACCUAUGCUGCCAAGAGACCAGGUAAACACAUUCAUUUUUCUCUCUAAUUUCACAGCACUCACUCAGGUAAUUGACUUGACUAUAUUCAACUUAUUCAUAAAAGUUGAGUUUAAAUGGGUUUUGACAGUACUUUGUACUGUACUUUGUUCUUCCAGGCGGUCUCCAUCACCUCCGCCGUUCACCUUGGAGUUAGCCAGAAAACUACCUGGACUCACUCUACAUGAAUCCUCCAGGAGAGACCAACAGAGAGCAACUAAAAAGGUAGAAGGCAAUUUACGUGUGAGAGAUCUACAGAGUGCUGGAAAUGAUUCAGGUUCCUACAUCAAUCAAAGACAUUCGUUGGAUUUGGAGACUCAUCAGCUAGAUAUGAGGUCACAACAACAUCUCGAAAGAGUGUCAUCCAAACGUCAUCACCAUGAGUGGCCACAAACCAAAGAAGACAUUGACCAACAUGAUUUUGUUCCAAUGGAGAAGCCUCAACAGACCAACUGUGAAGAGGACUGGUAUGUUGGGCCGUGUAGUCGAGCAGAUGCUGAGCAUGCCUUACACCUGGUGAACAAGGACGGGGCAUUUUUGGUGCGAGACUGUUCCGUCAACUCCAAUAGUGAACCCUUGGUGUUGGCCGUGUAUCAUGAGAAGAAAGUUUAUAAUGUAAAGAUUCGGUUCAUGGAGAGCAACAAGAAGUUCGCCCUGGGAACGGGACAGCGGUCAAAUGAUAUGUUUAACUCGGUGACAGACAUCAUCAAGUUUCACUCCAUAUUCCCAAUCAUACUGGUCAGUGGGAGAACGGUGAUGGGAAGCAAAUACCCAGAAAACUGUGUGCUGACAUGUCCGGUAACAAAGAGGGAUGUUGACAUGCUGCUACAAUGACACACAGGCACCUCUCCAGAACAAGAAAAAGAUCUGUUGUAUCCCAUCUGGUUCAUCUCAUCCUA